GUACGAUCUCAUACGGUAAACAUCGUACUGGUGGGAGAGCUAGAUUGCCGGCCGUGCAGCACGGACCACGCAGUUCUCCAUCGACUAGUACUAAACAAAUGAAAAUCGCUGCCGGGUGACAAAAUCUAAACAUUAACUGUUAUACUUUCAUUCAUAGCAUUGCGAAAAUAAUAUGCAUUGAUGGAUGUUCGGACCCCCGAGUUUGCACAGUGAUUGAGCUAUGCAAGGCUUCUUUUGAUGUCAGGUCAUCGAAUGUUGAUUAACUAUUGAUCUUGAUGAACAUGGAGCUGGUUCUUCAUGGUAACAAGUGAAAGUUCUUCAUCGCGUUGAAAAAUAGGAGCUAAGAAUGGUGAUCAAAGAGCAAAGCCUGGUCCUUCGCAGUCUUCCAAACUCUGUUGCUAUGUUCAAUUUGAGGUCUGGUCUGAUAUACGAAACAAAUGAAAAAUGAAAAUUUCAAAGACUACCUAGGAACUUCUGCUUUUCUGGAAUAACUAAGCAUAUCAUCUCCAGCUGUAGAAACUUCUGCAUUCCGGCAGGCCCUACCCCAAAUCCUUGCAGUAUGUGUCAAGAAUGUACUGCUGGCUUCUUACGGCUUGACUUUGGGUUUCCCUACAAUUUUAAUCCCAAGUCUAUCUGGAGAUGAUCCUAAUGAAGAAAUCACUAUGGGAGUAGAAGAGAUCUCAUGGAUUGGUUCCUUGAACUUAAUACUGGUACCACUUGGAUGCAUCUUCUCGGGACCAAUCACUCACAAUCUUGGUCGAAAGCUCACCAUGCAGCUGGUUACUAUACCGUUUAUAGCAGCUUUUCUCAUAUUCCACUACUCCACUAGACCAUGGCACAUUUUCUUGUCACUUAGUAUGACUGGAUUCACUGGAGGAUUACUUGAAGCCCCGGUCCUCACUUACGUAGCUGAAGUCACUCAGCCUCACCUAAGGGGUAUACUUUCUUCAACAAGCACUGCAGCCGUCUCACUGGGAAUCCUCGGCGAAUUCUUGCUGGGUACUUUCAUGUCUUGGCGCACAGUCAGCUUAGUGAACUGCUCGAUGCCAAUACUGUCUUUCAUUUUGCUGACAUUUGUCCCGGAAACGCCAAUCUUUCUUCUUAGCAACAACAAAUACGAGGAGGCCAAAAAGAGCAUAGCAUGGCUAAGAGGAUGGACGACUCCCGCAAACAUCGAACCUGAGUUCCAAGAGCUCUACAGACAGUUGAAGCAGAAGGAAAGCGAGGAGGAACCGAGUAGGAUACAACUGCUACACAACCUUGCGAAGAAGACAUUCCUCUGUCCUUAUUUUAUCGUAUCUUUAGCGUUCGGUCUAGGUAGUUUCAGUGGUAACCAACCCCUUCAGACGUAUGGAAUCAAAAUAUUUUCUGCUGUUAAGGCGCCCAUUGACAGAUACUAUGCAACGGUCAUUAUUGGUGUUGUACAGUUGCUGGGAUGCGUGAUAUCUGUUAUCAUCAUCCACGUUAUAGGAAAACGAAUUUUAAACUUCAUUUCACUCCUAGGGUGCGGUAUAUGCUUCGUCAUUGUUGCUACUUAUAUUUACAGUAUUGAUAUCAGAUACAUCGAUGACUUUGGUCCAAAAGAUGCGACUGCUCUUACUUCUGUGGAAAUGGGAAGCAGUCAAUGGAUCCCAGUUGUGUUCUUGAUUUUAUCAUCAUUCUUUUCGUAUCUUGGAAUACGCAUAUUGCCCUGGGUGCUUACAGGGGAGGUGUAUCCCAACGAAGUAAGAGCUACCGCUUCUGGGCUUUCAGGAGGUAUUGGUUAUCUCUUCAAUUUUCUGGCUAACAAAACUUUUCCUAGUUUAGUCACUCAUAUUACGUUGCCAGGUGUGUUUUGGUUGUAUGGCUCUGUGGCACUCGUAGGGACCAUACUUUUGUACUUUUUCUUGCCAGAGACUGAAGGAAAGUCUCUUUAUGAGAUAACGGAGCAUUUUGCUGGAAACAGUAAGUUAAGCAAUAAAGUGUACCGAAGAAAAAGCGCACAGAAGACUGAGAAUGGACAGAGUAAUGCUGCGUUUGAGCACGACGAGAAUAACAUGAUUGAGAGUAAAUUAUAGAUCCUGCAAAAGCAAAAAGCUAUGAUUUUACUAUCGUAUGUAAGACGUGUAAAUAUGAAUGCUCCAGAAGAUGAUCCAUUCUAGAACAUUAAGAGCAACUGCAAUAUAACGCUUGCACAACUCGAGAAAAAGACAUAUUUUUAAUUUUAUCGUUAUGACUCAAAACUCAUGUCAUCGAUUCUUAGCCCAAAUUUUUCGUACUUCCAAAAUAUAUUUUGCGUUUCAUAAAAAAGGAUUAUUUACUGAGCCUUUUAAAGCAAAACCAGAGCUGUAGUUAUACUUAACAAAUGCGUCAUUUUAGUUUCUCCACAGCCAUGCAUCAGGCUUCAGCAAAAGCAUCCAAAAAUGUAUCAGAAAUUCGAAAAUAUUCCAAAUCUUUCACUUGAAAAUGAAAUAUAGAAUAUAAAGCAAUAACUAAAUUUCGUGAAACAGUUUUAGGCUUCUCGUUCAGAAUAAAACUAUUGAGGCAAAACUUUGCAAAGAGGAACAGAAAAUAAUAUGAACAAAUAUAUUUCCAUUUGAGCAGAUUAAUAAUUACAUAUUGUUAUGUCAUUCUCAAUUUUGUCUCUUGUAAUUUGUUUUAGUGAUUAUUUAUUUUUAUACAGUACCGUAUCGUUUUUUCAAAUACCAUAUUUUUUUAUUCCAUUACCUAAAGCUUUGCAAACUGGAACAGAAGAUAAUAUGGACAAAAUUUAUCUCUUGUAAUUUGUUUUAGUGAAUAUUUAUUUUUAUAUGCACCUUAUCGUUUUUUCAUAUAUUUCUUUGCACCCUUACCUGGUGUCUCAUUUAUGUAUAUUGUUAUGUGUGAUUUUAUAGAUAAACUGCCAAUCGGAGAGUGAAUGUAUUCAGGACUCAACUACAUGAAAUUGAUGGUUAUAUUUUAUCUGGUCGCUGACAUAUUGCGCUAUCAUUUCCUAAAUACGCUCAUUUAUUCAAUAAUAAAUUUAAUUAUAUGUAGCGAUAUAAGGUUGAUAUACUCUAGCAUUUUGUAGACUAUAGAAAAUCAUGAUCUAGCGUCCCAGGAUUUUAUGAGUUAACAUACUUUUUUAUAGUAUGAAAUUGUGAUAUUUGUAUUAUCAAGACAUAUCUUGUAAGUAAAUAUACUGUUAUAUAAAAUAUGGUAAUAAAAAAGAAUGUUCUGUUUUAUCACUUUACUGAUUAUUAUGCUAGUAAUUUUCAACAUCAUAGUCCGGUGAAGGUAACUUUUUGUUACUCUAUCCGGUAAGAUCGACUACUCUCAUUCGAAAUGUUUUUUAUACCUAAGCAGCCGCGCUAGCAGAGGCUUAAAUACCAGGGUACCGCGGCUGCUAUGAGGAGCUUAAAGAAACUUUGUUAAACAGAUUUUUGAACUACCUAAGGUUAGUAAAACUGGGAAAUGCCUCCUCAGGUAGAUUGUUACACAUUCUCGAUAUCUUAGACUCAAGAGAGUGGUCGUAUCGACCAAUUCUGGAUGAACAAAGUUCGACACAGUUGUCAUGGGAGGCCCGUCGGUGCGAAGGAUUCCGAGACUGUCCGUUAGUGAAGAGUCAUCGAUAAGCCGGACAGCCCUCCUCUGAAUAGCAUCGAGCAUGGAUAAUGUAGUUGACAGCACCCAAUGCAUGUGAGCAGUACUCAAGGCUAGGUAUUAUCUGAGUAAAGAAGUCGUGUGGAGAAAAGUACUUCUUAGCCCUAAAUAAAUAGCCUAGUUUUUAGAUGAGAUGUGUUCUUCUUGUUAGUCAAUAAACUUGCG